GGCGGCGGCGGAGCGGGAGCGGGCACCGGGCGCGGGCAGAGCGCGGCGGCGCGGGUGUAUUCCAGAGAAAAGUCUUCAAACAUCUUUGCUGUAUUUGAUGCUGAGAGACUGUCAGGGGACUCAGGCUUAUGAGGAGGUACUGUCACACAAAACAGUGUCUAGUGAAGGCGACAAGAAAGAGAGGAAAAGAUCGGAAAAAGAAGCUAAAAUACUAUAGAAAACCAUGAGAUCUAUUCGAUCUUUUGCCAAUGAUGAUCGCCAUGUUAUGGUGAAACAUUCAACAAUCUAUCCAUCUCCAGAGGAACUUGAAGCUGUUCAAAAUAUGGUGUCUACUGUUGAGUGUGCUCUUAAACAUGUCUCAGAUUGGCUCGAUGAAACAAAUAAAGGCACAAAAACAGAGGGCGAGGCAGAUGUGAAGAAAGAUGAGGCUGUAGAAAACUAUUCCAAGGACCAAGGUGGUCGGACAUUGUGUGGUGUAAUGAGGAUUGGCCUGGUUGCAAAAGGCUUGCUGAUUAAGGAUGAUAUGGACUUGGAACUGGUUUUAAUGUGCAAAGACAAACCCACAGAGACCUUGUUAAAUACAGUCAAAGAAAAUCUUCCUAUUCAGAUUCAGAAACUCACAGAAGAGAAAUACCAAGUGGAACAAUGUGUAGAUGAGGCAUCUAUUGUAAUUCGGAAUACAAAAGAGCCCACACUAACUUUGAAGGUGAUACUUACUUCCCCUCUAAUUAGGGACGAAUUGGAGAAGAAGGAUGGAGAAAAUGUUGCGAUGAGAGAUCCUCUGGACUUACUGGACAGGCAGAAAUGCUUGAAUGCCUUGGCGUCUCUCCGACAUGCCAAGUGGUUUCAGGCAAGGGCAAAUGGAUUAAAAUCAUGUGUAAUUGUUCUUCGUAUUCUACGUGAUUUGUGCAACAGAGUCCCCACAUGGGCACCAUUAAAAGGAUGGCCACUAGAGCUUAUAUGUGAAAAGUCUAUAGGUACUUGUAAUAGACCUUUGGGCGCUGGGGAGGCCUUGAGACGAGUAAUGGAGUGUUUGGCAUCUGGAAUACUACUUCCUGGGGGUCCUGGUCUUCAUGAUCCCUGUGAGCGGGACCCGACAGAUGCUCUGAGCUAUAUGACUGUCCAGCAAAAAGAAGAUAUCACCCACAGCGCACAGCAUGCACUCAGACUAUCAGCCUUUGGCCAGAUUUAUAAAGUGUUGGAGAUGGACCCCCUUCCAUCUAGUAAGCCUUUUCAGAAGUAUUCCUGGUCAAUUACUGAUAAAGAAGGUGCUGGCUCUUCAGCUCUAAAGAGACCGUUUGAAGAUGGAUUAGGGGAUGAUAAAGAUCCCAGUAAGAAGAUGAAACGAAACUUAAGGAAAAUCCUGGAUAGUAAAGCAAUAGACCUGAUGAAUGCACUAAUGAGGCUCAAUCAGAUCAGGCCUGGGCUUCAGUAUAAGCUCUUGUCUCAGUCUGGCCCUGUCCAUGCUCCGGUCUUCACAAUGUCUGUAGAUGUGGAUGGCACAACAUACGAAGCCUCAGGACCAUCCAAGAAAACUGCAAAACUUCACGUAGCAGUGAAGGUAUUACAGGCAAUGGGAUACCCAACAGGCUUUGAUGCAGAUAUUGAAUGUAUGAGUUCCGAUGAAAAAUCAGAUAAUGAAGGCAAAAAUGAAACAAUGUCUUCAAACUCAAGCAAUAAUACUGGAAAUUCUACAACUGAAACCUCCAGUACCUUAGAGGUAAGAACUCAGGGCCCUAUCCUCACUGCAAGUGGCAAAAAUCCUGUAAUGGAGCUCAAUGAAAAAAGACGAGGUCUCAAAUAUGAACUCAUCUCAGAGACUGGUGGAAGCCAUGACAAGCGGUUUGUAAUGGAGGUAGAAGUAGAUGGACAGAAAUUCAGAGGCGCAGGUCCAAAUAAGAAAGUAGCAAAGGCAAGUGCAGCUUUAGCUGCUCUGGAGAAGCUGUUUUCUGGACCCAAUGCAGCAAAUAAUAAGAAAAAGAAGAUUAUUCCUCAGGCAAAGGGUGUUGUGAAUACAGCUGUGUCUGCAGCAGUCCAGGCGGUUCGAGGCAGAGGAAGAGGAACUCUGACAAGGGGAGCUUUCGUUGGGGCUACGGCUGCUCCUGGCUACAUAGCUCCAGGCUAUGGAACACCAUAUGGUUACAGCACAGCUGCCCCUGCCUAUGGUUAAUACUUUUAAGCAGUUUUCAGCACGUUUAUCUCACUUUAUUCUCGUUCUCCUCGGACCUUCGUAGCCAUAUCACUUGUAUAAAAUAGGCUGAGAUAUAGUGACUGUAAGCUGUGAUCUCAGUAUACAAAGCGCAGAAGCAGCCUCCGACAGAGGAGAAGGUGAACGACACUGUGUCCGCUAAGAAUUUACUUUCAAGAACAGCAGGCUGUGUUUUGGCAAGCCUUCAGAGAUUCCUUAACCUUCUGUCUUACUUGGGACAGGAAACUUCCACCCUCUCUGCUGCCUGGACCCAUGCAUCUUCCUGUGGCAGCUGUUGCCCAAAGGGGACUUAGGUAAUUGAGUGACAGGUAGGACACUGAAAGGGGAAAACAGGUGGGUAUAGAGCAAAAUACAGUGUAGGAAGCGAUCCCAACUUCCCCUCCUCUUCUGGGUCCUGGAAUAGAGAGAGGUGGGGAAAGUUCUUCCCAAAGGGACAGACUCUGGUGGUGGAGGAGACAGCAUCAUGGUGCCAGCCUGGGAAGGGCCUUGCCUGCCAGGCCGGGGCAUGAAGGCUUGGCUCCCAGGGUGAUGGCUGUUCUGUUGUGCUUGGGGGUAAAGUCAUCACCAGCACCUUCAGAAAUGGCUGCAGUUGUGGGAGACCAUAUCUGUAAUUACAAAUUACACCUCUUGGUUUAGGCUGGAUUUUGCUGCCAAGGAAUAGGAACUCUUUUUGCUAGCUGGGGUGGGAAAGCAAGUCUGGGGAGUUCCAGGGAUUUUCUAGCCUGCAACUAGAAACUGUAGUGAAGCCAGGGAUUUAGCUGUGGCACCACACCUGCCUCGCUAGCACAAGGUCCUGAGUUCAAUCUUGGGUACAAAAAACCCCCCCAAAAACUGUGGUGGACCCAACUUUAGUGGGCCAGUCGAGUGCAGUCCUCAAGGAGACAUUCUUAUCUCCAGUCUGACUUUGGCCUGGGGUCCUGUUGUGGGAGGGUGAAAUGGCAGACCACUCCCCCGCACCUAGGAAUCAGACGGAGCUUCCUGCCGCUGGGUGGGUGGGGAUGGGGCCGAGACAGAGGCAGGUGCCACUUGUUGUGGCACUAACUGCAUGGGCCAGGCUUCUGUUGGUGCAGCGAUGGACCAGGAGACUGACUGGGUGUCGAGCUCUCCAGUCUUUUCCCGGGUGGUUUCUGGGCAGGUUGAAAGGCAUGGGGGUGUGCGUGCUCUCAGUGAGGGGUUGGUUUGUAAUCUCCAGGAAUCAAGUGGGGGAUCUGAGAGGAAGUGUCUUUGAGCUGUGCUAUGAGGGGACUUGCCUGGGAUCUUGCUGCCAGGCCAUCGCUUGGGAAUGUAGGUGUCUCUGAGGCCCUGACAGUCAGUGUGUCUCAUCUCCAAGCAGGAGCACCCUGUGCAUUUUUGUAGAGAAGUUUCUGGGUUUGUGGGCAACUCGUCCGGCAUAGAUAGAAACCAGCCUUGACUUCGGUGAAGAAAGUGCCAUCUGUCUGUGGCUGUGGUCUUUGACCUGGCAGCAAGUGCUGUGCUGUGCUCUAGCCCUGCGGGGAGGCUGACAGGCAGCACCAGGGCCUCUCAUUGCUUGAGCCACACCAAGCAGCCCCUGUGCCAGCCUCACAUAGGCUCAGGGCCAUCUGCCCCAUUUUCCUGUUCAGGGAGCAACAUGAUCAGAAAGAAGUUGUUCUUCUUUUGUUUUUAAACACCCCCGUAAAUAUUUCUGCUGCUCUGGGAGUCAAAAUUUCUUCAUUAUUUAAAGAAACAAUUCAAGAGUGGGGAUAAGAGUUUCAGGUACUUAGGUAGAUUGUCUUUCAGAAGUUUCUUUUCCACCUCUAACUUAGUAGUGACACUUCUGGUUUCCAGCUCUUUCCCCUCUUCUGGGUGGCCCAUGCUUUUCCGCUUCUGGCUGCUUCUGGGCUGAGUGCCGCUCCUCCUCACUUGGGAAUAGGUUCCUGCUGUGCAUGAAUACCUUGGCAUAAGGAGUUUGGUUUGGUCGGGUGAGUGACAGGUCACACUGGUCUCCUUAACAGACUCUUGCUACUUCCCAAGCUUCUUGGAACCCAAAUCAGCCACUGGCUUCCUCAGGCUGCAGCCCUUGAUUGCCCAGGUAGCGAUGGCAGCUGAUGUGUGAGUUUGUGUCACACACGUCGCAUUUCCUCCCCAAUCAUCUAUACAGUCGGGUAAAAUAGGCUUUUUCCCUAACCACUGGGACAGGCCGUGGUCGUGUGGGAGGUGGCUCAUCUGUGGACCCUCAGCUGCAGGGGUCCUUGGGGCCUAUGCAUGGGUCUAACUCUCCUUGUCUCCCAAGAACCCGAGUGACUGAUGAGCUGUGUAUUCUUCCCUCCACAUACCCAGGGCUCAGGCAGGCAGUGAAUGCUUAGUCCAGGUGGGAACCUCUUGCCGUGGGCCCAUCUUCAGCAGACAUAACACUUGGGCUCCAUCUGUCUGGCCAGCUCUGCUGACCAUUGGCUUUAGUGGCCGUCAGAACCCAGCCACUUAGAAGGCAGGUCUCCUGGGGUGGCCGUGAUGAGGGUGAGGACACUGCAGGAACAGUGUUGGGGAAAGGGGCCAGCCUCAAACCACUGGUCUCCCAGCCUCUCACACCCAUGGGCUGGCCUCUCCUGUGUAUGUAGUGUUCUUGGAGGAGCAGGGCCUGCCAGACUUGGCUCCCAUCUACUCCAAGCAGAGCUCCAUCUGGAAGGUGCAGCCAUUGUAGAUCCAAGGCCCUGGCUUGUCCAUACUGGGAGCAAGGUGGCCCUGCUCAGUCUUAGCCCUUUGUCAGCCCAGGGUGGGGCACAGGGGGAAGAAAACCUUUCCCUACUGCACGGUUCCACACGACAUUGGACUCCUCCUGGCUGUAGCUCACUCUGGUGAUGCCACUAGUUUUUAGAAUCUAUUUAAAAGAAAUCUGUACCUAUUUAUUGUGUUUCCCUGAAUACACAAAUGUAAAUAGCAUAAUCUGCAGUACUAAGUCCUUGGCAAUAACUUUUUGUUAUGUAUUAUGUUAAAAACAUUGGAAAUCACAAUCCCCACGGACUGUUCUGCCCCUCUGGGCAGUAGUUACAUGUAGACUCUGGUGUAAAGUGUCAGCAUGGUGGAAGCAGCAGCCUGCACAUGUGGAUUAUCAUCAGUGCCUCGCCCAGAGAUGCCUGGCCUUCAUCCAAAGGGACCCUGCUGCCCAGUUCCCGCAGGCAGUGCCCACACUGUGGCUCCUUGCGCUGAGCACGUUGGACUCUGCCAUAGACUGAUCCUCUUGUCUGGCUGCUACAGUGUGUCUAUAAUGCCUUGACAUGUUGCAUUUUCUCUAUCUGGAUGAAUCAAAAUAAAUGCUUCCAUGUUGAACAGCA